AUGGCGUCACAUCAGUUGGACUUGGACCAGAUCGCGCUAAAGCGUGUACUGUUGGAUCUGUUGGAUCAUCAUGCCGAGCUAUCUCAUGCGCUGCUCACCAGCUCCACCGCAGUCAUUGAUACUCCAGAGUCGAUACGCCAUUUGCUGAGCUCUGUCAGUACAAGCGACCAUGCAGAGGCUGAGAAGGCCGCAGCACGUGCUGGUCCCAGCACCGAGAAGGACACUCGGGCGCAAGACACUCUCGCUCAGCUGCAGCAAGCCGACCUGGCACUUCGUUCUCUUCUACCUUUCAUCUCCCUCCACCGAGCAGCACACGAUUCUCUCGCGCAGCAAACCGAUCGCGUCCACCUGCUCUCAUCCCGAUUUUCCAAAGCGUUUGAAGAUGUCAGUGAUCUCAACACGGAGCUGGGAGAUCUGGUCAGGAAUGCAAAGGCGCAAGUACAAGGCUCGACGAGGGCUAUGAAGAGACCUUUGAACGUGGAGCAUCUCUUAAAUCUUGCCAGCGUGGUAGGCUAUCAGACGAGUAAACCUUGGGGAAGCGUUGGUUCUUCGACUGGGCGCAAGAAGGCAAAAGUGAACAAGGCGGAGGCGAAUGCUGAUGAUCGGAUGGCAGAAGGUCGAGCGCCGGGUGUCAAUGGCGAAGAAGCGCCAACAGUAGCACACACAAAUCAAGAACCUCGAACCCUCUCUCGCUCUCCCACGCCCACGCCUCAACACGCCUCUCAACUAGAGCAGCACCUUCCCUACCCGUCCCAGAACAUAUUGCGCUCAGGAUCGCUAGGCUCCGACCCGCCUAGCUGGAACGACUUUCGGAGACAGCGCAGGUGGGAAAUGCGAGAGGUUGGUCAGGAGGCCGAGCGAACGGCACCGGAGGAACAUGCGCAGGAUGCGAAUGGACAGCAGGAGGAGGAGGUGUGGAAGUGGACAGCUACGCAGAGGGAAAGGGGUAGAGCGGAUGAGGAUGCAUUCUCCUUGGACUUGUAG